AUGGACCUGGAUACCUUGCAAGCUGUCUGUGACGCCAGCCUUCUUGAAUUCGGGAAGUCGAAAAACACGAACAAAGCAUACGCUGGCCACAUUGCUCAGGGGAAAAAGUUCCUUGCAAAUGUUGUGGCUGAGAGGGACACCAAGGGUAUUGAGGUGUGCGACAAGGGGAUCCCAACAACCGAGCUUGCCAAAGCGUUUGACAAACCACCGAACCGCUACUCAGCUGUUGCACUCGAAUUCUUCCUUGUCCAAAAGGUGUUCACCAAAGAGUUGUCUAGAAGCUAUGCUGAAGGGAUUCAAGGGGCCUUCGCAGACUACUGGGACAAAAUGGAUGAGCAGAUGUAUGCUGGUGCCUAUGCUCUUGAUAAGGCCACUGCUCCAGCCAUCCAUGAUCUCAUGAAGGCCGUUAAAACUAGAGCAGGUACCAAAGGGGCUGCUGCAACGAGGAAGCAUGCUGAGGCGAUGUUGCUUGAGGACCUGCAAAAGAUCAUGGCAUGGUCAGAAGAAAAGUGCCCAAAUGAGUUUUUUGAUAACGCACCGUCAAGCGCUCAGUCCGAUGUUGCUCUGAUGAACAUGCAUGGCCUUAUGCAGGCGUUAUGUCCAACUCUUUUCAUGCUGAUGUUGAGAGUAUUUGAAGGCUUAUCCUUGCAGAAUGCCAACAUCACACAGGGACUAAACGGUCCCGCCCCAUACCACUUCCCAUUUUUUGAAGUCAAACUUGAGGAGCGGAAGAAUUGGCAAAAGCAAGCUGGCUACGAUGGCCCACAUACCAACAUUGCUGAAAUGGACAUGUAUACACACCUUCUGUGCUGGUUAAAGCAUCUCGAAAGUCGCAUUGGCCACAGCCUCCAGCCUGAUGACUUCGUCUUUCCCUACAUCUCACAAAACGGCACCAUCAACCCCAAACACGCAAUGUCAUAUGAUACAUUCCAAAAGCUUCUUAGCGAGUUUGCUGCUGGUGCCGGCCUCACCAAGGUAUACACAACCCAUUGCUUCCAAUGCGGUGGUGCCCAGUAUCGUUUCAUGUACGCACCUAUUGGUCGCCAUUGGUCUUUGAGCAUCAUCAGGUGGUGGGGAGGGUGGGCCAAGGGUGAACAAGUUGAUACAAUGAUCAAAUACCUCAUAGACUCACUCCAAAGCUAUGAGACUGGCCAUGGGAAUGCGCUUUGUCUGAUUCCGAAUGAAGCUGAUAAGAGCUUCAUGGGGGAGCAUGUCAAUCAGGCACCACCAUCAACUGAGGAAAUUCGCCAGUGGAAGCUGUCUAUGGACCGCAGUCUCAAUAAUGCUGUUUCUGAGAUUGUAGGACAGGUGACAACUGCCAUUGCAGGCACUCGGCUCUCUCAAUCCCCCAGCCCUGAGCCAGACAUGGCCACAACAUCUAAUGAUGUUGCGCUUCAAGAGCGAACCAUCUGCCAUGGUUGGGAUAGCCGACUCCCGACUUCGAUGCCAUACCCUCCAAGGUCAUCCAGCCGCACCCAAAGCCUUGGUGCAUCUAGUAGUGGCGACGAUACUGAUGGUUCAGCAACCAUGCAAUCUACGGGGUCUAACCCACCCAUCCCUGGUGUCGUCAUUCGUGAUGUGAAGAAUUGGCGUGGCGUGAUUCAGCAGUGGGAGGUUGGUGAUGCGGGCAUGGUAGCAUUGAAGGACUGGCCGAAAGAAUGGUACCAGGGGAAUAUGAAGAAAUAUACUGGCUCCUUGUACUCUCAGCGCAAGAAGAUUGCAGAGGAGUAUGAAUGUUUGGGUCGUGAUGAAGAGCUUUUUCAGACAACUUACCCAGCAGCUGAUAGAUCCAUUAAGGCACUUCUGAAGGCCAUUCGAGUUCAGCACAAUGAGCGGCGCCGAAGCAAAAAUGGCACACCCGAAGAGCAUCCUAGUUAA